AUGAAGUGGUACCAAUCGCUGCUCAGCCUCGCUGUUCUCGCUGUUGGAUGCUCCGCCUUGAUCACCGAGGCUGAGAUCCAGGAACAGACCGCCAAAGGCUUGCGCCUUAUUAGUUUGGAAGAGGGCGUCGACCCCGUCUGGAAGACCGAGGACGAGGUCCUCGAUCUCAUCAGGGAGGACAUUGGAUUCUUCGAUGUUACUGAAUACUACGACCCCAACGACGCCGAGACGAUCUCUUUGCACUCGGUUGAGGAGCAAACCUACGACGCCCCCGCCCACAUCGCCCAUGUCCAAACCUUGUUGGCAGACGUCUCAAUCCCCACCAUGCAACAAUACCUCUCCAACCUGACCGCCUUCAACAACCGCUACUACCGCGCUCAAACCGGGGUCCAAGCCACCAACUGGAUUCGCGAUACCAUGCAAGCAGUCGUCCGCUCCUACCCAACCAGCGGCGCAACCGUCUCCCUCUUCACCCACAGCUUCAUCCAAAGCUCCAUCAUCGGCAGAAUCCCAGGCAGCAACCCCUCCGCUCCCCGUGUCAUCAUCGGCGCACACAUGGACUCAAUCAACAGCGCCAACCCCAUGAACGGCCGCGCCCCAGGCGCAGACGACGACGGCAGCGGCACCGUCAACGUCAUGGAAGCCUUCCGCGUCCUGGUCGCCAGCGGCUUCAAACCCACCGCCACAGUCGAGUUCCACCUCUACGCUGGUGAGGAGGCUGGCCUUCUUGGCUCGCAGGCUGUCGCUAGGAACUAUAAGUCUUCGGGUAUUCAGGUUAGGGGGAUGUUGAAUCUUGAUAUGACUGCUUAUGUUCGCCCCGGAACCACCGCUGUUGUCGGUUUGCUUCCUGACAAUACCAACGCCGCCCUCACCAGGACCAUCCAAACCCUCAUCGAUACCUACCUCUCUGUUCCCUGGGUUACUAGCCGAGCCUGCGGAUACGCCUGCUCCGACCACGCCAGCUGGAACAGGGAAGGUUUCCCCUCUGCCGCCGCUCUCGAAGGCGACAUGGCCAACUUGAACUCCCGCCUCCACACCGUCAACGACCUCGUCACCCUCCAAGGAUUCUCCUGGACACACACUGCCGAAUUCGCCAAACUUGCUGUCGCCUUUGCCACUGAGCUCGGUGCUUGAAUGGGUUAACCUUUCGUGUAGUGACGGCUCGUGCUUUCCGCCGCGGAUUCAUAAAGCUUCAAGUGUAUUAGUAUUCAGUUGUGGCAGUAGGGUGCUGAAAGAAGUAGUUAC